GCAGAGACAGGAGGGUGGCAGCCUGUUUCUUUGUAUGUAGUAGGAACAAUUCCGCCCAUUGAAAGGAAUUAUGGUGAUGAUUUUAAGAAAUCUGAGCAUGGAGCCCAACUUUGCCCUCUUAGGUUUCACAGAUUACCCAGAGCUUCAGAUUCCUCUCUUCCUUGUGUUUCUGCUCAUGUAUGUGAUCACCAUAGUAGGAAACCUUGGGAUGAUAGUAAUCAUCAAGAUUAACCCCAAAUUUCACACUCCUAUGUACUUUUUCCUGAGUCACCUCUCUUUUGUUGAUUUUUGUUACUCUUCCAUUGUCACUCCCAAGCUGCUUGAGAACUUGGUAAUGGCAGAUAAAAGCAUCUUCUACGUUAGCUGCAUGAUGCAAUACUUCCUGUCCUGCACUGCUGUGGUGACAGAGUCUUUCUUGCUGGCAGUGAUGGCCUAUGACCGCUUUGUGGCCAUCUGCAAUCCUCUGCUUUAUACAGUGGCCAUGUCACAGAGGCUCUGUGCCCUGCUGGUGGCUGGGUCAUAUCUCUGGGGCAUGUUUGGCCCCUUGGUACUCCUCUGUUAUGCUCUCCGGCUAAACUUUUCUGGACCUAAUGUGAUCAACCAUUUCUUUUGUGAGUAUACCGCUCUCAUCGCUGUCUCUAGCUCUGAUAUACUCAUCCCUCAGCUGCUGCUUUUUGGCUUUGCCACCUUCAACGAGGUGAGUACACUACUGAUCAUCCUCACUUCCUAUGUUUUUAUUUUUGUGACGGUACUAAAAAUACGCUCUGCCAGUGGGCGCCACAAAGCAUUUUCCACCUGUGCCUCCCACCUGACUGCUAUCACCAUCUUCCAUGGGACCAUCCUCUCUCUUUACUGUGUACCCAACUCCAAAAACUCUCGGCAAACAGUAAAAGUGGCCUCUGUAUUUUACACAGUUGUCAACCCCAUGCUAAACCCUCUGAUCUACAGCCUAAGAAACAAAGACGUGAAGGAUGCUUUCCGGAAAUUAAUACACACAAAAGUUCCAUUUCACUGAACCGAUCUCAAAAGUUGUUUUCAAUCUAAAUGAACAACCCAAACAGAGACUAAAAUACUUCUAAAGUCUAGAGCAUAUAUUUGUAUGAGGUAUUAUGAAAUUGUGACAUGUGAAUUGAUAAAUUCAAAUCCUUUGAAGAAGCCAAGGAGCUUUAAUUCCAGGAUAAAUUUUACAUAAUUUUGAUCCACAAAGCAUUGAUUUCUUCAAGUUUUUUAAAAAACAAAUCCUCAAACAUACUGCAAAGUAUAAUAGAUUAUUCAACAUGUGGAAUAAAGUUACUGGAAGAAUGGUGAUAACUCGCCAGAAAAAAAAAAUUUUUUUUCAUUUGUUAAUGUGUCUGGCAAUAAAUGCCUUGCCUUUGAA